AUGCAAUCUCCUACACUUUCACCUCUUGGUGCUGUAUCCUUUGCUGACAUGAGAGCACUGCAUUACAGGGCCCCUGUAAGCGCAGGUCAAUAUCAUUGGUGUGCUAUGCUCGCUCCUCGAGAAUAUAAAAACCUUGCUAGUUACGUCACCGGAUGGCUGACCGUCUGCGGUUGGCAAGCAGCCGUCACCUCGUCCUCCUAUCUAUCUGGGACAAUGCUUCAAAACCUGAUCAUGCUGAACCAUCCGACAUAUCAACCCAAAACAUGGCAAGCAAUGUUACUGAUGUGGGCUGGCCUGCUUAUCGCUGUGUUCCUCAAUACCAUCGUCAGCAAUUUUCUGCCCAAGAUUGAAGGCGCCAUUCUCAUAUUUCACGUCCUAGGAUUCUUCGCCAUCUUGAUUCCAUUAACAUACCUGGCCCCAUCACAAAGUAGCGGCUCGGUUGUGUUUACGCAGUUUGUGAACAAUGGUGGAUGGCCCAGCCAGGGUCUGUCAUUUUGGGUGGGCUUGAAUAGUACAGUGUUUAUGUUUCUUGGAGCGGAUAGUGUGAUACACAUGUCAGAAGAGAUAUACGACGCCGCAAGAAACGUACCUCGGGCCAUUAUCUGGAGCAUCCUGAUCAAUGGUAUGCUCGGGUUUGGCUUGCUUUUAGGCACCCUUUUUACUCUAGGAGACCUUGGAAGGGUGCUUAAAACUCGUUACGACUAUGUUUUCAUCCAGAUAUUCCUGGACAAUACGGGGUCCAUCAGUGGAGCGACAACAAUGGCAUGCAUUUUGCUUUGCUUGACCUUUUUCUCGACCAUCGGCUUGGUCGCAUCUUCUUCUCGAAUGACGUGGGCGUUUGCUCGGGACCGUGGCCUUCCUGGCUGGCGAUACCUCAGUAAAGUCGAAUCGAAACGGGCAAUUCCUGUUAUUACCAUCCUAUUUACAGCCAUUUUUGCCAUCCUCCUUGAUCUUAUCGACCUCGGCUCAAGUACUGUGCUUAACGACAUCAUGUCACUCAGCGUCAAUUCCAUGUACGGUUCAUACUUUAUUUCAGCCAGUCUGCUGCUCUGGCGUCGCUGUGCCGGUGACAUUGUCGAUGAUCGACGAGAAACUUGCAUCACAGCCAACUCAAUCAGGCUAUCCUGGGGACCAUGGCGCAUCCCCGGAAUUUUAGGCAUCAUUAACAAUGCUUUUGCUUGUGUCUGGAUGGUGGUUGUUUUAUUUUUCACAAGCUGGCCUCCUGCCACACCCGUCACCGCGAGUACGAUGAAUUAUAGCAUCUUUGUCACUUUUUUCGUGGCCAUUGUUAGUACCAUCUAUUAUAUUGUAUGGGCUAGGAAAAGCUAUCAUGGCCCUGUGGUGGAGACCGUUCAGUCGGUUGAGAUGGGUGCGACUGAAUCUUUGAAAAGUGCUUAA